UCCUAGCCCUCUACACGCCGGUCUGGUGCGCAAGCGUACAAAUAAUCGUAGCGCCUCCUUGGCCCUUAGAGCUUGAGGGCUUCUGCGCGCGCUUCUCGUUCUGGUCCUUUGAUUGGCCAGACUGCCCCGCCAUCACGCCUCCCUCUGCUUUCUAGGUUGAGAAGGAAGCGGGGAGGCGGAGCGAAGCGGCGCGUGCGCGAUACUGUUGCUGUCCCUUUGCUGCUAUUGCGUUGCAAAAAAAAUCCAGGCUAGGUAGCCUUGGGCCUUUUCUGUGCUAGAGGAUCUAAAGGAGAAAGAUUUCUGCAACUGAAGGGGCAGUCGGGUAGUAUUAAAUUUAAGAUAUUAACGCCCAGCUUUACAGGAGCGUGGUGAUAGGAGUGGGGAAGAGCCUUAGCUUUGAGAGCUGAAGAGUGUAAAACCAUUAGUUUCGGGGCCAGGCGUUUGGAAAGGUUUUGCAGGAUCCGUUUUCUGCGCAGUUCUUUCGUGAUUAUUGACUGGUUUAAACACAACCCCUUGAACAAUUCUGAUAAACCUUCGAUACCCGCAGCCCUUCCUUAGAGCGUGUAGGAGCCACCAGCGUGCCCAGCAGCGGGUCCUCCCGUCCUACCUCUAGAAGAGCCUAGCGCGUGCACCAUCCCCACCCCCUGGCCUCCUUCCCCACCUACGGCUUUCACGCACUCUCAGCGAUUGUUUUGCCCGCUCCCGCCGCCGCCGCCGCCGCCGCCGCCGCCGCCGCCGCCGCCAGAGGAGCAGCAGCGCUUGUGCAAACCGGGAAGAUGGCGGCCGGCGGCGGCGGAGGCAGCAGUAAGGCCUCCUCCUCGUCGGCCUCUUCGGCAGGGGCUCUGGAGUCCUCGUUGGAUCGAAAAUUCCAGUCGGUAACUAACACCAUGGAAUCUAUUCAAGGCUUGUCUUCUUGGUGUAUAGAGAACAAGAAACAUCACACUACUAUCGUCUACCAUUGGAUGAAGUGGCUCCGGAGAUCUGCCUAUCCCCACCGUUUAAAUCUCUUUUACCUCGCCAAUGACGUCAUACAGAACUGCAAAAGGAAAAACGCAAUCAUUUUCCGUGAAUCAUUUGCUGAUGUCCUUCCUGAAGCAGCUGCUCUAGUGAAGGAUCCAUCUGUCUCUAAGUCUAUAGAACGAAUCUUCAAAAUCUGGGAAGAUAGAAAUGUAUACCCAGAAGAAAUGAUUAUGGCAUUGAGAGAAGCUUUGAGUACCACUUUCAAAACUCAGAAGCAGCUGAAAGAAAAUCUGAACAAACAACCGAAUAAGCAGUGGAAGAAAUCACAAACAUCCAUGAAUCCAAAAGCUGCUCUCAAGUCUAAGAUAGUUGCAGAAUUUCGAUCCCAGGCCCUCAUUGAAGAGCUGUUGCUGUACAAGCGCUCAGAAGAUCAGAUAGAAUUGAAGGAAAAACAGCUGUCAACCAUGAGGGUGGAUGUGUGCAGCACAGAAACUCUGAAAUGUUUAAAAGAUAAGACAGGUGGAAAGAAGUUCUCCAAAGAAUUUGAAGAGGCAAGUUCCAAACUGGAGGAAUUUGUGAAUGGAUUAGAUAAGCAGGUGAAAAAUGGGCCCUCACUGACAGAAGCACUGGAAAAUGCUGGAAUUUUCUAUGAAGCACAGUACAAAGAAGUAAAAGUGGUGGCCAAUGCAUAUAAAACCUUCGCUAAUCGAGUGAACAAUUUAAAGAAAAAGCUGGAUCAAUUGAAGUCAACCCUUCCUGAUCCUGAAGAAUCACCAGUCCCUUCCCCAAGCAUGGAUGCUCCUUCUCCAACUGGUUCUGAGUCUCCUUUUCAGGGAAUGGGAGGUGAGGAAUCCCAAUCACCAGCCAUGGAGAGUGAGAAAUCUGCCACACCUGAGCCUGUGACAGAUAAUCGUGAUGUAGAAGACAUGGAACUCUCAGAUGUGGAAGAUGAUGGGUCAAAAAUCAUUGUAGAGGACAGGAAGGAAAAACCUGUGGAGAAGUCAGCUGUAUCUACUUCUAUGUCUACAAAGCCAACAGAAAGUAUCUCAAAGGCCUCUUCAUGUACCCCAGUGCCUGUUACCAUGACAGCAACCCCACCUCUUCCAAAGCCUGUGAAUACUUCUCUCCUGUCCCCUUCUCCAGCGUUGGCUUUGCCAAACCUGGCUAAUGUGGAUCUGGCAAAGAUCAGUUCUAUCCUUAGCAGCCUAACAUCAGUCAUGAAGAAUACUGGGGUCAGUCCUGCAUCAAGACCUUCUCCAGGAACUCCUACAAGUCCCAGCAACCUCAGCAGUGGCCUGAAAACACCUGCACCUGCCCCAACAACAUCUCACAAUCCUCUGGCAAAUAUCCUCUCAAAGGUGGAGAUCACCCCAGAGAGCAUUCUGUCUGCUCUUUCCAAAACCCAGACACAGUCAGCCCCAGCACUGCAAGGCCUGUCAUCUUUACUUCAGAGUGUUACUGGGAACCCAGUCCCAGCCAGUGAAGCCGCAUCCCAGAGCACUUCAGCUUCCCCUGCCAACACCACAGUCUCUAGCAUAAAAGGAAGAAAUCUGCCCUCCAAUACCCAAUCCUUUAUUCCUAAAAGCUUCAACUAUUCUCCUAAUUCAUCAACUUCUGAAGUCUCUUCAACAUCAGCCAGCAAGGCCUCAAUCGGGCAAAGCCCAGGGCUCCCAAGCACUACUUUUAAGCUACCAUCCAACUCUGUUGGGUUUACAGGAACCCACACUACUAACCCUGCUGCCCCACCUACUGAAGUUGCCAUGUGCCAAUCUUCAGAGAUCUCCAAGCCAAAGCUGGAGUCCGAGUCCACCUCUCCAAGCCUGGAAAUGAAGAUCCACAACUUCUUAAAAGGUAAUCCUGGUUUCAGUGGCUUAAACUUAAACAUCCCAAUCUUGAGCAGCUUGGGGUCCAGUGCCCCAGCAGAAAGCCACCCCUCAGACUUCCAGCGUGGCCCUACUAGCACGUCAAUCGACAACAUUGACGGAACCCCUGUGCGGGAUGAAAGGAGUGGUACACCCACCCAGGAUGAGAUGAUGGACAAGCCCACAUCCAGCAGUGUAGACACCAUGUCCCUGCUUUCUAAGAUCAUUAGCCCUGGUUCCUCAACACCCAGCAGUACAAGAUCACCACCCCCUGGGAGAGAGGAAAGCUACCCCCGGGAACUCUCCAAUUCUGUACCUACAUAUCGACCUUUUGGCCUGGGCAGUGAAUCACCCUAUAAGCAGCCUUCUGAUGGAAUGGAGAGACCAUCUUCCCUGAUGGACUCUUCACAGGAAAAGUUCUAUCCAGAUACUUCUUUCCAGGAAGAUGAGGAUUACCGAGAUUUUGAGUACUCAGGGCCUCCACCCUCUGCUAUGAUGAACCUAGAGAAGAAGCCAGCCAAGUCUAUCCUGAAGUCAAGCAAGCUUUCUGAAACCACCGAAUACCAGCCAAUCCUCUCCAGUUAUAGCCACAGGGCCCAAGAAUUUGGGGUAAAGUCUGCCUUCCCUCCAUCUGUAAGGGCCCUCCUGGACUCUAGUGAGAAUUGUGACCAUCUCUCCUCUUCCCCUGGGCUAUUUGGUGCCUUCAGCAUAAGAGGGAGUGAACCAGGGUCUGACCGGUCACCAUCACCGAGUAAGAAUGAUUCAUUUUUCACCCCUGACUCCAACCACAAUAGCUUGUCUCAGUCUACUACCACUGGGCAUCUUGGUUUGCCACAGAAGCAGUACCCAGACCCUCCUCACCCAGUCCCACAUCGUUCCCUUUUCUCUCCGCAGAAUACCCUUGCCGCUCCCACGGGCCACCCACCCACACCAGGCGUGGAGAAAGUCCUGGCCCCCACCAUUUCCACCACGUCGACGAUUGAGUUUAAGAAUAUGCUUAAAAACGCCUCCCGAAAGCCCUCAGACGAUAAGCAUUUUGGCCAGGCACCCAACAAGGGUACUUCAAGUGAUGGUGUUGUCGGUCUCUCAAACCUCGCCCAGCCCAGCUUGACAGCCACUGAGCAGCAGCAACAAGAAGAGCACUACCGCAUAGAAACCCGAGUCUCCUCCUCCUGCUUAGACUUGCCCGAUAGCACCGAAGAGAAGGGAGCCCCUAUAGAAACCUUGGGUUAUCAUAAUGCAUCCAAUAGGAGGAUGUCAGGGGAGCCAAUACAGACCGUAGAGUCCGUCCGAGUUCCUGGGAAGGGAAAUAGAGGACAUGGGCGUGAGGCUUCAAGGGUGGGUUGGUUUGAUCUGAGCACCUCAGGCAGCUCCUUUGACAAUGGCCCCUCAAGUGCCUCUGAGUUGGCAUCCCUUGGGGGCGGGGGCAGCGGAGGCCUCACUGGCUUUAAAGCGGCACCAUACAAGGAACGGGCACCCCAAUUUCAGGAAAGUGUCGGCAGCUUCCGUUCCAACAGUUUCAACUCAACAUUUGAGCAUCAUCUCCCCCCGUCCCCCUUGGAACAUGGGGCACCCUUCCAGAGAGAGCCAGUGGGGCCAUCAUCUGCCCCACCUGCCCCUCCUAAGGAUCAUGUUGGUAUCUUCUCUCGAGAUGCACCCACUCAUCUACCCUCUGUGGAUCUUUCGAACCCCUUCACAAAGGAGGCGGCCCUGGCCCACGCCGCCCCACCCCCUCCUCCUGGAGAGCACAGCGGAGUUCCUUUCCCCACCCCACCCCCUCCUCCACCCCCUGGGGAGCAUAGCAGCAGUGGUGGGAGUGGUGUUCCCUUUUCUACUCCACCUCCUCCUCCACCCCCUGUUGACCACUCUGGGGUUGUACCCUUCCCAGCCCCACCACUGGCAGAGCACGGAGUGGCAGGAGCUGUGGCAGUAUUUCCUAAGGACCAUAGUUCCCUCCUUCAAGGGACCCUGGCUGAGCAUUUUGGGGUGCUCCCAGGACCCAGGGACCAUGGGGGCCCCACCCAACGGGACCUCAACGGCCCUGGCCUUAGCCGUGUACGAGAGAGCCUCAGCCUACCUUCCCAUUCUCUGGAGCACCUGGGCCCAGCCCAUGGAGGAGGAGGUGGGGGAGGCAGCAACAGCAGCAGUGGCCCCCACUUGGGUCCCUCACACAGAGACGCCAUCAACCGGAGUGGUAUGAUUUUGCGGAAUCCCCGGCCAGACUUUCGGCCUAGGGAACCUUUUCUCAGCAGAGACCCGUUCCACAGUCUAAAGAGACCCAGGCCACCUUUUGCUAGGGGCCCUCCGUUCUUUGCACCAAAACGCCCAUUCUUCCCUCCCAGGUACUGAUGGAAACCAAGGGAAAAAGCAUUUUGAACAGUCUAGAGAGCAUUGGAAGUAGGAAUUUGGUUUAUUGUUCUUUUUAUGUUUUCCUUCCUCUGAUUUAAAUUUUUUUAAUGACAAAGGGCCUCCCUUCCAAAUUUAAAAGUCAUACAUGCUUACAUUUCACUAUUCCAUCCAGUCCUCCCUCCCACUGCACUUAACUGACCUUCCCCAAGCUACUUGUAUUUUAAAGGGGGCAAGGGGUGGGAGGGAGAGGAGGGGGCAAAGAAACACAACCAAAGCCACUUCACUUGGCUGGGGGUUUGAGGGGUGGGAGGAAAAACAGAUCUUAUUUUACCCCAUUUAUUGAAGAGUAUUAUUACAUUUGAAAUAAAACUUCCAUCAGUACAGAGAAUAACAUGUGCAAUGUUGGGAUGUUAUUUUGGGUUUGGCUUAUCACAUAGUCAAUAGAAGGA